GGAGAGGCGGCCUGCAGGAAGCACACUUGGUUGAAUGGUUCUAGCAGCAGCAGCAGCUGCAGCAGCAGCAGCAAUCAGAGGUAAAUAUGUUGUGAUGCCACGCUCCAAACUGACACCGAGGAGAUUGUUCGAGGCAGCGGGAGCACACUGUGACACCGGGGGGAGACUUCACGACAUGCAGCCGCUUGUGUUUGUGCGCGGAUUGCCUCCUGCGCGCUGAGCCUGCCUGCAAACCAAAUCAAGAGUCGCUCUCUGGAGGAUUGAGCAGUGAUGGACAGCUGUUGGACAUCGAUUCCCUGCAGAGGUUGACGACAAAUUGACCUUUACUGCUUCAACAUGGACCAAGGAGCUGCUGUGUGUUGCUGCCAGGGGAGGAUAAUAAGGAGGAGGAGAAGGAGCGGCUGAGUCUUCUUCCUCCCCAUCAGCCAAGCGCAAGUGUGCAUGGAUCGUGAUGAUGCUUUGCAGGCUCCAACACAGGUGCAUUGGGAUAAAGAAGCUACACCAACAUGAAUCACCUUUUUUUUCCUUCCUUCCCUCCACCUCCAUCUUUUCUGCCCCUCAAAACCGCUUCCAAGCGAGAAGGGGAGACAUGUCCACAGAUGUAAUUGAUGAUGUUGUGCUGUGAUCUGUGGGGACUAUAUACGAGUUGUGUAAUGGUUUUUAUUUCAUCUGGUGCGCGCGCUGCCGUGCAACCUCUUCAUGGAUGGCUGUUAAUUGGGCCCAAUGAUGUAGAGCCAAGUCCACCUGGAUGUAAUGUUCCCUCCUGUCGUUGGUGAAACUGGCUCCCCUGUGACUUCUGCGAAAUUGUUUUUUUAUUCCCAGAGCUUUUCACCACUCCUGGUUAUUGCUCUGAGUCAUCCCAUCUCAGUUUUUAAAUAUUCCUUAAUUGAUUUUGCCUCUUAGAGUGUGAAAUAAACAGAGGAAGUUUGUGUCUGUUGGAUUUAAAGCACUCAGGGUGAGGAAUUCAACUCACAUCAUUAUUCCCAGAGCUUUUCACCACUCCUGGUUAUGCUCUGAGUCAUCCCAUCUCAGUUUUUAAAUAUGUAUAAAUUGAUUUUGCCUCUUAGAGUGUGAAAUAAACACAGGAAGUUUGUGCCUGUUGGAUUUAAAAGCACUCAGGGUGGGAGAUUCAUCACAUCUGCCUUUGAAUGGCUCCUAAAUAGUUUCCUGACAUUGUUUCUCGGUGGAUUAAACUUUCCCUGCAGGGUUUUUUGUUCCUGUUACUGCCUCCUGUUAUCCACUAUGUCCAGAUCAAACAGUGUCAGCCCACCCGGAAUCGGUGCGCCCGGGCUGAGGGGAGGGACCGAGCACAGAUCAGCUUGGGGAGAGUCAGAGUCUGUGGCCAACGGGUGCCCAUACUCAGCCAGAUCCCCGCGCAAGAAACUUACCCGGACUAACAGUCGGUGGAGGGACGAGGAUGAUCUGGACCACAGGCAGCCCGGCAGAGCCUCCACCACCGUCAGCAGGGUCAGCUUCAGGUCCAGGUCGGCUUGGCAGGACCAUGGCGAGGAGAGCAAGGACAACAAACGCGCGUCCCCAAAGCGUCCAGACGACGAGGUGAGACCCAAGUCCGUGGAGCUGGGUCUGGACGAGCGGAGAGCCAAGCCCAGGAGCGACCAGGAGGAGGAGGAGGAGGUCAUGCCUGAAGUCAACUUCUCUUUGGUGGCGUGCUGCACCAGCGUCAUGCACAUCUUCAAAUCCAAGAAAUUCCAGUCGGAAAAGUUGGAGCGACUCUACCAGCGCUACUUUUUCCGCCUCAACCAGAGCAGUCUGACUAUGCUCAUGGCCGUGCUGGUCCUGGUCUUCACGGUCAUGCUGGGCUUCCACUGCUCCGGUGGCACGGGGAGGCCAGGCGUCACGUAUGUGGUGGUAUUUUCCGUGGCCAUCUUCCUCACACUCGUGCUCAUGGUGGUCUGCAACAGGAACGCGUUUCACCAGGACCAUAUGUGGAUUGUGUGCUAUGUGGUUAUCCUGGUGGUGCUCGUGAUCCAGGUGAUUGGAGUGCUGCUCGUUCAGCCCAGAAGUGCCUCAGAGGGGAUUUGGUGGACCGUGUUCUUCAUCCAUGUCAUCUACACGCUGCUGCCCGUCAGGAUGCGCGCGGCAGUCAUCACUGGAGUUAUACUUUCUGCCAUCCACGUGGCUGUCUCUUGGAUGUUAAACGGCAUGGACAGCUUUGUGUGGAAACAGAUAGUGUCCAACGUGCUGAUUUUCUCUUGCACAAACAUCGUGGGAGUGUGCACCCAUUACCCCGCCGAGGGCUCCCAGAGGCAGGCCUUCCAGGAGACCAGGGAAUGCAUCCAGGCUCGCCUCCACUCGCAGAGAGAGAACCAGCAGCAGGAGCGCCUCCUGCUCUCAGUGCUUCCCCGCCAUGUCGCCAUGGAGAUGAAAGCUGACAUAAAUGCAAAGCAAGAAGACAUGAUGUUCCACAAGAUCUACAUCCAGAAGCACGACAACGUCAGCAUCUUAUUUGCAGACAUCGAGGGUUUCACCAGUCUGGCUUCCCAGUGCACGGCUCAGGAGCUGGUGAUGACUCUGAAUGAACUCUUUGCACGCUUUGACAAGCUGGCGGCGGAGAACCACUGUCUGCGGAUCAAGAUCCUGGGAGACUGCUACUACUGCGUGUCCGGGCUGCCGGAGGCGAGGGCCGACCACGCCCACUGCUGUGUGGAGAUGGGGAUGGACAUGAUAGAGGCCAUCUCGCUGGUACGGGAGGUGACUGGGGUCAACGUGAACAUGCGAGUGGGCAUCCACAGCGGCAGGGUGCACUGUGGGGUGCUGGGACUCAGGAAGUGGCAAUUUGACGUCUGGUCCAACGAUGUCACACUAGCCAAUCAGAUGGAGGCGGGGGGCCAAGCGGGCCGUAUCCACAUCACGAAGGCCACUCUGAAUUAUCUGAACGGAGACUAUGACGUGGAAGCCGGAACAGGGGGAGAAAGAAACGCCUACUUGAAGAAGAACAACAUAGACACCUACCUCAUUGUGGGCUGCAGUCAGAAAAGGAAAGAGGAAAAGGCGAUGAUAGCCAAAAUGAACCGACAGAGGACCAACUCUGUCACCCACAACAGCGGCCACUGGACGGACCGUCCGUUCUACAAUCACCUGGGAGGAAACCAGGUCUCCAAGGAGAUGAAGAGGAUGGGCUUCGAAGACCCCAAAGACAAACAUUUCAUUUUCAGAAACACGCAGGAAAACCUGAACCCAGAGGACGAGGUGGACGAGUUCCUGGGCCGAGCCAUCGACGCACGCAGCAUCGACCGCCUGCGCUCCGAGCACGUCAAGAAGUUCCUGCUCACCUUCAGAGAGCCUGACCUGGAGAAAAAGUACUCCAAACAGGUGGACUCCAGGUUCGGGGCUUACGUUGCCUGUGCCUCCCUCGUCUUUCUCUUCAUCUGCUUCAUCCAGAUCGUCAUCGUGCCUCGCUCCAAUCUGAUGAUCGGCUUCUUCACCACCUGUUUCGUCAUCCUCACAGCCGUCAUGUUCGUCUCCACCGUGUACUGCUGUUUCGGGCUCUUCCCAGCCCCCCUGCAGACCCUCUCUAAGAGGAUAGUCCAGUCCAGACUGCACAGCACGCUGGUGGGCGUCUUCACCAUCAUCAUCGUCUUUCUCUCUGCCUUCAUCAACAUCUUCACCUGCAGUAGCGGUGACCUGCGCGGCUGCAUCAAGCAGGAGUUUAACAUCAGUCUGCACAGUGUGAACGCCUGCCACGCCCACAUCCUCAACUACAGCCUGGACACACAACACUCCACCUGCGGAGACAACGCCCUCAUCUGCAGCUUUCCUGAGUACUUCUCGUCCUGCGUGCUCCUCAGUCUCCUGGCCUGCUCCGUCUUCCUGCAGAUCAGCAGCCUCGGUAAACUCUUCCUCAUGCUCUUCAUCGAGCUGCUCUACCUCCUCAUCAUGGAGGUGCCCAAAGUCAGCCUCUUCGACAACCAGGACCUGCUGGUGAUGGCCAACGCCGUCAACAUACUCGAGCACAUCAAUGGAACAAGCUGUGUGGUGGACAACAAGGUUCCCCUGAAGAUCAUGACCCCAGUGGUCAUCACCGUCUUUGUUCUCGCCCUCUACCUUCACGCACAGCAGGUGGAGUCGACAGCCAGGCUCGACUUCCUAUGGAAGCUACAGGCCACAGAGGAGAAGGAGGAGAUGGAGGAGCUGCAGGCCUACAACCGCCGUCUCCUCCACAACAUCCUCCCCAAAGACGUGGCCGCCCACUUCCUACAGCGAGAGCGACGUAACGACGAGCUCUACUACCAAUCCUGUGAGUGCGUGGCGGUCAUGUUCGCAUCCAUCAGUAACUUCUCUGAGUUCUACGUGGAGCUGGAGGGGAACAACGAGGGGGUGGAGUGUCUGAGGCUGCUCAACGAGAUCAUCGCUGACUUUGAUGAGAUCAUCAGUGAGGACCAGUUCCGUCAGCUGGAGAAGAUCAAGACCAUCGGCUCCACCUACAUGGCGGCCUCAGGGCUCAACGACUCCACGUACGACAAAGUGGGGCGCUCUCACAUCCGGGCCCUGGCCGACUACGCCAUGAGGCUGAUGGACCAAAUGAAAUACAUCAACGAGCACUCCUUUAACAACUUCAAGAUGAAGAUAGGUCUUAACAUCGGCCCUGUGGUGGCCGGGGUGAUCGGGGCCAGGAAGCCUCAGUACGACAUCUGGGGAAACACGGUGAACGUGGCGAGUCGAAUGGACAGUACAGGUGUACCAGAGAGGAUCCAGGUAACAGCAGACCUGCACCAGGUACUGAGCUCCUAUAACUACACGAUGGAGUACAGAGGUGUGGUCACAGUAAAGGGCAAAGGGGAGAUGAUGACAUAUUUCCUCACGGCUGGACCCCCCAGCAGUUAACCCCGACUAAGGCCGGCUUCAGAGACUAACGGCGAUCUGACACGGAGAGCAGGCUCAUGGACCUCUGGUAGCUCACUGCAGACUGAGACUGACUGAAGCGUCCUUUCUCACAGCACCAGCACCUACUGAGGCCGCAACAGGGGGGGCGGGUGACUAAAAUCCCCCCCUCACAGCUCGGCCUGUGGAGGAGACUAUGAGCGGCUCAAUCUGCCAUUGAGACCAAAGAUGUCCAAUCAAGGCGCACAGACAGAUUUGGCCAGCUGUGCGAGUCGAGGUCCUUAAGGACUGCGCUGUUGAAGAACUGUUAUUUGCUUUUCUGAAGGUUCUGAGGAGGAAAACCUGGACAUGGACUACAUCACUUCCUCUCUUUCUCUUUGCCUUUUCUCCUGCUGAAGUAUAUUUAUACAUAUAAAACACAGAGUUUUAUGUGUAUGCAUAUCAUUUGAAGUACUGUAUGUGGAGCACACUUUGCCCAUAUUGUCUUGAUACAGGUACAAAUCUCUGAAGUGUGGACACUCAGCCAGCAGCACAGCACUAAUAGGUCUUUUUAUCAAUAUCUGCUCACAUUAUAUUGAUUAACAGAGAGGCAGAGGCAGUAAGUUGAGAGUGAUCUUAGAGGGAGAGAGACAGUUUGGACUGUUUUUGUAUGAUCAGUGAGAAACGCUCCACGGAGUUUAUAGAAAGCUGCAGUUCAGGAUCAAUUCACAAACGUACACUUCAGUAUCGUCAGCGUACACACACACACACACACACACACACACACACACCAAACACAAAGAGGAUGUCACUGAAGAGCUUUUUCUAUUCUUCAAAGUUUUGUAUUUUGACUCCAGAACACCAAACCCUAUCAGAUAUUUUAAGAAUCUAUAUUUUGUACAUUAAUAUAUUAGAGAGCUAUCUAUAAACACCAAUGUGUAUUCAGAUGUACAAACUAUAUCACUCUCAUGUCGGGGGCUUCAGAAGUCCUCACAGGAGUUGCCUGGUCUGAGCGGAGUGCCACAGCUGAGCUCCUGUCAGAACAGAACGCCUGCUUUUCGUGCUCCUUUCACAAAAACGAGCUGCAGGAAGUCGAACGAUUCACAUGAUUCCCCUUCACUGCUCUGUUUGAAUCGCACAUUAGAGAAGGAGAUAUCAAACCGGGUGAGUGCGCUCUGAAAAUCAGACUAGGAGACAGCAGUAAAGCGGUCUUUUUGCACUCCAGUGUCCUGCCGUCCAACCCUUCUUGUGUCGCUCCACCCCCGCCCCCCCCCCCCCCCCCUUCUUGCUUGCUCAAUCAGAUGGUACGACCCAAUGAAUGUCUUAUGAUGUCCGAUGAGGCCUUUAAUAUGAACUCUAUACUGAUGAUGGUGAUGAUGCUUAUCCUAUGGACUGGGACCAGUGAGCCCAUGUGGAAGGAUGUCCUUUUACCUGCUGGUUUUUAUUUUUGUUUGCUCUGAUCAGAGCGGUUCUACUCAGUAUUACAGCAUCUCUCCACAUUAUCAAACAAACUGUCUUUCACCUGCCUGACUUCAUAGAUUUGUUAUAUUUUUUUUGUGAUGUUCUUACCAAACAUUUCAGCUGGUUCCGUUUGUCCCGGUCACAGAGUGCAGAAGACAUCUGGACAGUGUCAAGUUUUUUGUUAAGAUGAUUCAAAGUAUUGAGAGAUAACUCCUUGGUUAUCUGUCAAUACUUUGACAUCUGUAAUCAGCUCAAAAACUGUAAACAUCAAGGUUUUUAAGGAAAAGUUGCUCCAACUAGAUCAAUACAAGGAUUAAAGUAAAUUAUUUUUUAAGCAUAAAUUAACGACACAAUUUGA